UUCAGUGGUUAUAAACAAGUCACAUGCUGGUUACGCCUUCUUAUUUACUGUGUACUUAACUGUACAUUGAACACCGGUUUAAGCUGUCUCUUUAGACUUCAUUACAAGACUCGGGAUUAGUCUUUAAUUUAUUCUUUACCAAUAACAUCUGUAACUGGAUUCAACACUUUUCGUCUAGCUGUUUACUGUUUAGCUGCUAUACAAUAGAAUUUAGAUUUUAGAUCUAGUCUAGAGUCUAGACAUAGCAAUUUAUUAACAUUUAACAAACAUGGAAAAACUUUUUGAGCAUAUUGACUCCCAGGAAAGAAAAUAUGUUGAUCGACUAGCUGAGGCUGUUGCUAUUCAAAGUGUUUCUGCAUGGCCAGAAAAACGCCCAGAAAUUAAACGCAUGGUGGAAUGGGCGGGAGAACAUAUCACAAAGCUGGGUGGUAAAGUAGAGUAUGCUGCAUUGGGACAACAAAAGUUGCCUGAUGGGAGUUCCAUUGAACUUCCUCCAGUUCUUCUAGGAACCUUGGGUACAGAUGAAAAGAAAAAGACGCUUUUGGUAUAUGGGCACUUGGAUGUUCAACCAGCAGAGAUGUCUGAUGGCUGGGAUACGGAUCCAUUUGUCCUUACAGAAAAAGACGGGAAAUUGUACGGCAGAGGAUCAACAGAUGACAAAGGUCCAGUUAUUGGCUGGCUAAAUGUUAUUGAAGCAAUGCAGGAACUUAAAAUGGACAUACCAGUCAAUUUUAAGUUUGUCUUAGAAGGGAUGGAAGAAUCAGGAUCAGAAGGUUUGGAUGAUCUAAUUUUCAAAGAAAAAGACAGUUUUCUCCAGAAUGUGGAUUAUGUUUGCAUAUCUGAUAACUACUGGCUAGGAAAGAAGAAGCCUUGCAUAACAUAUGGUUUGAGAGGUAUCUGUUACUUCUUUAUAGAAGUUGAAUGUGCAUCCAAAGAUUUGCAUUCUGGAAUAUUUGGUGGCACAGUAUACGAAGCCAUGAAUGAUCUUGUUGCUCUGAUGUCUUCCUUGACUGACGUGGACCACAAGAUCCUCAUCCCUAACAUUUAUGAUGAUGUUGAGAAAUUGACUGAAGAAGAACUUAAAACUUAUGGUCCAAUUGAUUUUGAUCAUGAAGAUUACAGAGCAGAUAUUGGGGCUAAAAAGCUAAUAAAAUCUGAGAAACAUGAGGUGCUGAUGGCAAGAUGGAGGAAUCCAUCUCUAUCUCUUCAUGGUAUUGAAGGUGCCUUCAGUGGGGCUGGAUGCAAAACAGUGAUUCCUCGCAAAGUUAUCGGCAAAUUCUCUAUUCGCAUCGUACCUCAUCAGAAACCAGAUCAAAUUGAGCAACUGGUCAGGACUCACAUUGAACAAGUCCACAAAAACCGGGGCAGCCCUAACCAAGUUAAAGUUGCCAUGGAGCAUGGUGGAAAACCAUGGGUGAGUGAUGUCAAUGACCCCAAUUAUGUCGCAGCCAGGAAAGCCAUUAAAACUGUGUAUGGUGUGGAGCCUGAUCUCACCCGCGAAGGUGGUAGCAUUCCCGUGACCCUGACCUUCCAAGAAGCCACAGGUAAAAAUGUGCUGCUCCUACCCAUGGGUUCCAGUGAUGAUGGCGCCCACUCACAGAAUGAAAAACUUAACAGGACCAACUACAUCCAAGGGAUCAAAAUGUUUGGAGCCUACAUUCAAGAGCUGGCCAAUUUGUCUGCAUAAAAAUUACAAAGUUACAUUCCUACAAAACAAAUACUGCUGACAAGAAUUCUAAAAAGUUGAAGUAGUGACAUAUUUUGUUUCUUAUCUUUUUAUUUAAAAACUUAUCAGAUAUUUACUUUUGAAUGUUAUAUAGAGUAACAGUUUUAAAAAAAUUCUAGUGUAAUAACAAAUUAGAUGAAAUAAUUUAUUUUUGCUAAACUAUUUGAAAUUGUUAUCUGUUUAAAAUGCUUAUUUUGAUGAAUUUUAAAUUAUCAAACUGCCUGUAAACUUAUGAGUAGAUAUUUUAAAAGUUUUUUUACUUGUUAAUAGUUCUUUUUUUUGGCGAUUGUGUUUGUGAUUACAAAAAGGACAUAAAGUUUGAAUUACAUUGUUUUCUAUACGGGAAUUGUUUGUUGAAUAAUUCUUUAUAAUUAAGAGAAAAAUAUGAAAAAAAUCAGAUCUUAACUUUUAUUAUGUUCACAUGUAAUCAUGGAUUAUGUUGUAUUAUUUAAUUAAUAUCACCAUAAGCUUGUUUUAAUGAAAUGCAUAACACUCAAUAAAAAUGUUGACUGAGUUUUUUCCCCUACAUUAAAUCCAGUAUUAAAGCCUCUUGUCUCUUGUUUGAAAGGCAAUGCAUUAACUCAUUAUACACCAUGGAUUAUAUCUCUUGAAAUUGAUUUCAUAUUUUAAAUAAAUUACAAUUUUAACCCUCUAAUGGCCAAUAUAGUUUAAAGAAGGGAGGUAAUUUUUCUUGAACUUUUCAUCAAUUUUCAAAUUUUUUUUUAUUUCUUAGUGUUGAGUUUAGGUGUUGGGCAAUACUGAAUUAAUUAAAAGAUCAUUAGCAGAGGAGAUAUUCUUUUGAGUCUUGGUGUUUGCUCUGAAAGUUGUGUCCAGUUUGUUGCAUUGUGGAUUGUCUUUUCUUGUCUGAUAUUUAAUGUAUGCAUGACUUGCAAUUUCACGAUUACUAUCAUAGCUAUUUAAUUAGUAUUUUAUUGAAUUAAAAGUCUUUAUUUUUAAAUUAAAACUUU